CAUGUUAGGAUUGUGCGUCAGUUGCCAAAAGGUGGGGACAUUUCCUGAACCUUUGCAACUCUGAGAGGUUGUCUUCAGGGAGCACAUUCUGAGCACCGCAACAGGGAAGCGAGGGUCUGGGAGCGGCCCCGCUGAGGGAAACACCAGCUUGCCCUCUCCCUGUCCCCUGGCAGCCCCCCAAGCCCCCUGGCCUGCGCCUGACCAUGUCCCUGGCUGAGGCCAUCAGCCUCUGGAAUGAAGGGGUGCUGGCAGCUGACAAGAAGGAUUGGAAGGGAGCCCUGGACGCCUUCACUGCAGUCCAGGACCCCCACUCCAGGAUUUGCUUCAACAUCGGCUGCAUGCACACAAUCCUGGACAACAUGCCCGAGGCGGAGAAGGCCUUCACCAGAAGCAUUAACCGAGACAAGCACUUGGCAGUGGCCUACUUCCAAAGAGGGAUGCUCUAUUACCGGAUAGAGAAAUAUGAUUCAGCUAUCAAAGACCUUAAAGAGGCCUUGACUCAGCUUCGAGGGAAUCAGCUGAUAGACUACAAGAUUCUGGGGCUGCAGUUCAAGCUGUUUGCCUGUGAGGUGUUAUAUAAUGUUGCUUUCAUGUAUGCCAAGAAGGAGGAGUGGAAAAAGGCUGAGGAACAUUUAGCUUUGGCCAUGAGCAUGAAGUCUGAGCCGAGACAUUCUAAAAUUGACAAAGCCAUGGAAUGUGUUUGGAAACAGAAGCUGUAUGAGCCUGUGGUGAUCCCUGUGGGCAGGCUGUUUCGACCAAACGAGAGGCAAGUGGCUCAGCUGGCCAAGAAGGAUUACCUCGGCAAGGCGACAGUGGUGGCAUCUGUGGUGGAUCAAGACAGUUUCUCGGGGUUUGCCCCUCUGCAGCCACAGGCAGCUGAACCUCCACCCAGACCCAAAACCCCAGAGAUCUUCAGGGCUCUGGAAGGGGAAGCCCACCGCGUGCUGUUUGGGUUUGUGCCUGAGACCGCAGAAGAGCUGCAGGUCAUGCCAGGGAACAUCGUUUUUGUCUUGAAGAAGGGCAAUGAUAACUGGGCUACGGUCAUGUUCAACGGACAGAAGGGGCUCGUUCCCUGCAACUACCUUGAACCACUUGAGCUGCGGAUCCAUGCUCAGCAGCAGCCCCAGGAGGAAGCCUCCCCAGAUUCUGAUAUCCCAGCUCCUCCCAGUUCUGAUGCUCCUGGAAGACCCCAGUUGCCACCAGGUCAAAAAGGAAAAGAAGAGUCCAAGGAAGUAAAGCUCAGCAUUCCCAUGCCCUACACGCUCAAGGUGCACUUCAAGUACACGGUGGUCAUGGAGACGCAGCCCGGGCUCCCCUACAGCCAGGUCCGGGACAUGGUGUCUAAGAAACUGGAGCUCCUGCCGGAGCACACUCGGCUGAGCUACCGGCCUCGGGACAGCAAUGAGCUGGUGCCCCUCUCGGAAGAGAACAUGAAGGCUGCCUGGGCCCAGGUGAAAAACUACAGCCUGACUGUGUGGUGUGAGAACACAGUGGGUGACCAAGGCUUUCCUGACGAACACAAGGAAAGUGAAAAAUCUGAAGCUAAUAACCAGACAACAGAACCUCAGCUUAAGGAAGGAGGCCAAGUGGUAGCACUCUUCAGUUACGAGGCUACCCAGCCAGAAGACCUGGAGUUUCAGGAAGGGGACAUAAUCCAGGUUAUAUCAAUGGUGAAUGAAGACUGGCUGGAAGGGGAGUGCAAAGGGAAGAUUGGCAUUUUCCCCAAAGCUUUUGUUGAAGAACACGCAACUACGGACAUGGAAAGCUCUCCUAGAGGAGUCUAGGAUGUUCUAUAACCUACAAAGUUGCAGAAAAGGAACUACAGUUUGCAAAGUUUAGCAUGCCUCCAUAGAACACUGAACUGAGACAUUACUGUAUGGAAGUGUUAACUAAUCUACUUUUCCCACUGAAAAUUUAACCCAUUAGACAAUGAUGUGAGAACUUACCAUGAUGAUAACCCAGGGGUGGGGGGUGGGCUGGGGUAGAGUGGGUA